CCCACGUGCCACAUGGCCGGCAGAUGGAGGAAAAUCAAGUGGCCGGUUAUAUGCCUCGCCGUGGCCGGAGCUGCGUACAAGAUUUUUUCCAAUUACAGAAUGAGCAGACAAAGGUUGCAUAGCCAACAAGAAGACAAAGCCGGUGGUUUGUCUGCUGAAGAGAUAGCAGAACGACUGAGGAAGAACGAAAGAAGACAGUCAGUCGUAGUGCCGUCUCGUGUGUCCCACUACACGUCUAACAGUCUGCCAUCCAACGUGCCCACUGAAGACAGACACAGCAGUCACGUGAUUCACGAUGACAGUGUGUUGUUGUUUGGUGUGUAUGAUGGACACUCUGGUUGGCAAGUGUCAGAGCAACUCUCGAAGAGAUUAGGACCGCGAGUCGAUCUUGAACUGAAGAAGGAAAGAUCUAUCGACAACGACUUUAGUGAAUUACUGAAACGGGUGUUUGUGUCGCUUGAUAACGACAUUGGACUGAAAUGCCUCAAGUUAGCUGAAAAAGGUCUCGAUAGCGAGGUGGCUGAAACGGCUGCAGCAGGAUCUUGUGCAGUCGUUGCUACCAUCCAAGGCGAUGAAUUAAUCAUUGCAAACACUGGAGACUGUCGAGCUGUACUGGCCGUUCGACAACCCGACGGGAAAAGCUACAAGGCAAUCGAGUUGACACUUGACCAAGAUGCUAAUAAUCCCGACGAGGUGAACCGGUUGUUAUCAGAACAUCCCGGCGAAGAACAUACCGUGUGGCAGAGGAAUCGUUUGUUUGGACAGCUGCAACCGCUUCGGUCGUUCGGCGACUUCCGUUACAAAUGGACGCUUCAACAGCAGGAGAAGUCACUACACAAAUGGUAUGGCAGGCAAGCGACACCACAUAACUAUGUCACGCCGCCUUAUCUCACUGCCGAACCUGUUAUAACGAGGCACCGGUUAUCGCCUAAUGAUGCAUUUCUAGUGCUUGCAACCGACGGCUUAUGGGAGAAACUCAACAGUGACAGAGUCGUUUGCCUUGUUGGUGAACACAUACACGAGAUGAGUCGACGUCGUGACAUUGGGAAUGGAGACGACGUACGUUUUGACUCAAAUCCGAGCACUCACCUUAUCCGGCAUGCUCUCGGAGGGAAAGACGACGUAAAACUGUCAGUCAUGCUGACAACAGAGCCACCGUUUGUUCGUUGGUUGAGAGACGACAUCACUGUCGUAGUCAUCUUCUUUAAGCAGACAGAAAUCAGAAGCAAACUGUAGCAUGAUUAUUAUUACAAUAAUACACAGUAUAGAAGACAUUCUAAUCUAUUAAA